AACACCAGAGAAAUUCUAUGUGGAAGCUUGUGAUGAUGGAGCGGAUGAUGUGCUUGCUAUUGAUAGAGUCUCCACGGAAGUCACUCUUACAGUUAAGAAAGAUGUUCCCCCUUCAGCCGUUACAAGGCCUAUAUAUGGUAUUUUGGGAACAAUCCGAUUGGUGGCAGGAACGUAUCUCAUUGUAAUAACAAAAAAGAAAAAAGUAGGUGAGAUUUUCAGUCAUGCAAUCUGGAAAGCAACAGACUUUGACAUCCUUUCCUACAAAAAGACCAUGCUGCACUUAACUGAUAUUCAGUUGCAGGACAAUAAAGUAUUUUUAUCAAUGCUUAGUCAUGUCUUGAGUGUGGAUGGAUUUUACUUCUCAACAACAUACGACCUAACACACACUCUGCAACGGUUAGCCAACACGAGCCCAGAGUUCCAGGAAAUGAGCCUCCUAGAGAGGGCAGAUCCACGGUUUGUUUGGAAUGGACAUCUUCUUAGAGAAUUUGCUGCUCAACCAGAGAUCCACAGGUUUGCUACGCCUGUGAUGCACGGAUUUAUCACUAUGCACUCUUGUUCUAUUAAUGGCAAGUGUUUUGACUGGCUGCUUGUUUCCAGAAGAAGCUGUUUCAGGGCUGGUGUACGCUACUAUGUAAGAGGUAUUGAUUCAGAAGGACAUGCGGCGAACUUUGUUGAAACAGAACAAAUUGUGCAUUACAAGGGGAGCAAAGCAUCAUUUGUUCAGACCCGUGGAUCAAUUCCAUUUUUCUGGUCUCAAAGACCAAACCUCAAAUACAAACCAAAGCCACAGAUCAGCAAGUCAGUAAAUCAUAUGGAUGGCUUCCAAAGACAUUUUGACUCGCAAAUAAUUAGCUAUGGAAAGCAAAUGAUUGUCAACUUGGUUAACCAAAAAGGUUCAGAGAAGCCUCUUGAGCAAACAUUUGCGAAAAUGGUAAACAGCAUGGCAAAUGGAAUGGUCAGAUACAUAGCGUUUGACUUCCAUAAAGAGUGCAGUCGGAUGAGAUGGGAUCGACUUCAGAUUUUGAUGGAUCAACUAGCAGAACAGCAAGAUGAGUUUAGUUAUUUUCUAGUUGAUUCCGAUGGUAAAAUUGUGACUCAGCAAGAAGGAAUAUUCCGCAGUAACUGCAUGGACUGCCUUGAUCGGACUAAUGUGAUUCAGAGCUUGUUAGCACGCCGAUCUCUUCAAGCCCAGCUUCAGAGGCUAGGUGUUCUGCAUGUUGGACAGAGAAUCGAAGAGCAAGCAGACUUUGAGAAAAUCUACAAAAAUGCGUGGGCUGAUAAUGCUAAUGCUUGUGCCAAACAGUAUGCUGGAACUGGUGCCUUAAAGACAGAUUACACAAGAACUGGGAAGAGAACUCAGUGGGGCUUAAUAAUGGAUGGCUGGAACUCAUUAAUACGUUACUACAAAAAUAACUUUUCUGAUGGAUUUAGACAAGAUGCGAUUGAUCUUUUUCUUGGAAAUUAUUCAGUGGAUGAAGUAGAACCUGCUAGUCCUCUACAUGUUAAGAAAGAUUGGAAGUUCUUAGCUUUGCCUAUUAUUAUGGUGGUUGCUUUCUCCAUGUGCAUUAUUUGUUUGCUAAUGGCUGGUGAUACAUGGACUGAGACACUGGCCUAUGUGCUUUUCUGGGGAAGCGCAAGCUUUGGAACUUUUGCUAUCAUCCUUUACAAUGGCAAGGAUUUUGUAGAUGCACCCAAGCUGGUCCAGAAAGAGAAGAUGGACUGAAUUUGUGUGUGUGGAAAGCGGCUUGGUACUGAGGAUUCCUCAAGCCACACUUGGAGUCUCUACUGACCUGCAA